AUGAUCGAUAUUGAACGAGUGAAAUCGAUAAAUUCGAGAUAAUCGAUCAAUUUCUGAUGUCGCUGUAAAUCUAACGGCAACAUUGAUCAAACACAAAUAUUAUAGGUUAUAUUUGCCGCUAAAGUUAUUUAGCAAAUAAAAUUUCACAAAGAAGAUGUCGAUUUAAACUAAAAACGCUUUUGUUGACUGAAUGAUGUUAAGUGUUAUGCGGGAAUUACUAUUUCAAAAAUAAAACCAUUUAAAACAUGUAACUUUUUAGUGAAUCUCACGUCAUAAAAUGAAAGGUUAAGUUACUUAUAAAAACGAAGCAUUAAACUCUUUGAAAUCUCCAGACGCAUGUUUUCUAACAGGGAACAUAACGGAAAGAAUUUCUUUUAAAAUUAACAAAGAAAAAACAAGCAAUUGAACAUGUUUAAAAAUACCUUUCAAAGUGGAUUUUUAUCGAUAUUAUAUAGUAUUGGUAGCAAACCAUUACAAAUUUGGGAUAAAAAAGUAAGAAAUGGACACAUAAAACGAAUUACAGACAAUGAUAUACAAAGUUUAGUAUUGGAAAUAUUGGGUAGCAAUGUCAGUACUACAUAUAUAACAUGUCCAGCAGAUCCCAGAAAAACUUUGGGUAUAAAAUUGCCAUUUCUAGUGAUGAUAAUUAAGAAUUUAAAAAAAUAUUUUACGUUUGAAGUCCAGGUUAUUGAUGACAAGAAUGUACGCCGUAGAUUUCGUGCUAGUAAUUAUCAAUCUACAACUAGAGUAAAACCUUUUAUCUGUACAAUGCCUAUGAGGCUGGACGAUGGAUGGAAUCAGAUUCAGUUUAAUUUAGCUGAUUUUACUAGACGUGCAUAUGGAACAAAUUACGUGGAAACAUUAAGGGUACAAAUUCAUGCAAACUGUAGAAUACGAAGAGUAUACUUUUCUGAUAGACUAUACUCUGAAGAUGAAUUGCCAGCAGAAUUUAAAUUAUUCUUGCCAAUUCAAAAUAAGGCAAAAUGUUAAUUUUAUAACAUUCUACAAAGAUGUUUUGAAAAAAAGACAAGAAUAAACCACAAAUAUUUAUAAAUUGAUCAAUAUUGUGAUUUUUAUUUACAGUUGGUACUUAUUUAAUAUACAUAUAUUUAAUAUAUUAAUAAAUUACUACAUGUACUAAAUGAUAAUGAUUGAUACUAUUGUACAGAUCAUGUAUGUUGUACAAAUUAUAUUCAAAGAUAUAACUAAACAAUCAUAGCAAUAUGUGUAUGAAAUAGAUCCGUUUACGUUUUUGCAUAAAAUUUAUAUUUAGUUUGCUUUAAUUGUACUUCUUAUUUAAUAAAAAUUAUGAAUUAAUUAA